UUGCAGUAUUUUGCAACACGUACGCAGCACCGGUUGGCAUUUUAUUUGGGCGGCAUUUAGCAAAAAGUUUAUAUUGUUAAUAAUUUAUUUUUACUAAAAAAAAAAGAAGAAAAAAUGUCGCAAAUUUGUCAGCGCAGCUUGUUGUCGGUUAAUCGUUUGGCACCCGCCGCCUUGCGUUGCAAAUCGUCAUGGUUUACCGAAGUACAAAUGGGACCGCCAGAUGCCAUUUUGGGUGUUACCGAAGCAUUCAAGAAGGACACAAAUCCCAAGAAGAUCAAUCUCGGCGCUGGCGCCUAUCGUGAUGAUAAUACCAAACCCUAUGUCCUGCCCAGUGUGCGUGAGGCCGAGAAACGUUUAAUUUCCCGUGCUCUGGACAAGGAAUAUUCCACAAUUAUUGGUAUCCCCGAGUUUUACAAUAAGGCCAUUGAAUUGGCUUUGGGUCCAUCGUCGCAACGUUUGAAGGCUAAGCACAAUGCCACUGUUCAAACGAUCAGUGGCACAGGAGCUCUGCGUGUCGGCGCCGCCUUCCUGAGCAAGUUCUGGAAAGGCAAUCGUGAGGUUUACUUGCCCUCACCCUCUUGGGGCAAUCAUGUUCCCAUUUUCGAGCAUUCCGGUCUGUCGGUGAAACGUUAUCGUUACUACAAUGCCGAGCACUGCAAUUUGGAUUUCAAUGGAAUGAUUGAAGAUCUUAAGAAAAUCCCAGAGUCUUCCAUUGUAUUGCUGCAUGCCUGCGCUCACAAUCCCACAGGUGUGGAUCCAAGUCAUGAACAGUGGCGUGAGAUCUCCAAGGUGGUGAAGGAUCGCAAAUUGUAUCCAUUCAUUGAUAUGGCCUAUCAAGGUUUUGCCACCGGAGAUGUGGACAACGAUGCCUUCGCUGUGCGCAUUUUCGAAGCCGAUGGUCAUGAUUUCUGCUUGGCCCAGAGUUUUGCCAAGAAUAUGGGCUUGUACGGUGAACGUGCUGGUGCAUAUACCGUCAUUUGCUCCGACCAGGAGGAAGCAGCUCGUGUCAUGUCCCAAAUUAAGAUACUCAUUCGUGCCCUGUACUCCAAUCCUCCCAUUCAUGGUGCUCGUCUUGCUGCCGAGAUCCUAAAUAACGACGAUCUCCGAUCACAGUGGCUGAAGGACGUUAAGGUCAUGGCCGAUCGUAUUAUCGAUGUGCGUGGCAAGCUCAAGGCUAAUCUUGAGAAGCUUGGCUCUUCCCAAAACUGGAACCACAUUGUUGACCAAAUCGGUAUGUUCUGUUUCACUGGCCUGAAGCCCGAGCAGGUCGAUAAACUAACCAAAGAACACAGUGUUUACCUGACCCGUGAUGGUCGCGUCUCCAUGGCCGGUGUGACUAGCAAGAAUGUGGAUUACCUGGCCGAAAGCAUACACGCUGUUACCAAGUAAAUCUUAAGAUGAGAGCUUAAGUAGAAAGAUUGAUUAGAUACUUAUUGGCACUUGUACGAAUUUUCUAGCACGAAAUUACAAAUGAAAAAAACAAAACACAAAACUUUUAGAUAAACAUUGCAUUUUCUCUUUCGAUUUGUCUUCUGACUUGUAUAUAAGCUAAGUUAUCUGCCUUUCAUAAUAAAGCAUAUCAAAUGUUGAAAACUA